AGCUUUCGGCCAAAGACGUGGGAAGGUGGCCAAGCCACUGCCAGGCCCAUGGAGACUCUGCGGAAGCGUGCCAAUACAUGGCAGCACUCUGAUUCAGCUGAUCUGGGGCCAGUGAUUUCAGGCCCAGGUCCGAAGACUCAUCGCCGACGGAGUGCCAGCAGCACCAGCAGCGGCGCCGAAUUUUCAGAAAGCCCAAGGACAGUGCAGAUAACAUUUGGGCUGAGCGAUGGGUCGGCCUGUGUACAGGUUGAUCAGCUGACCACCUUGGACAAAUUCCGCAAAAAGAUUGAGGAGGUGACCCAGAUCUCUCGCAGGGCACAGCGGAUCAUUGUCAACAGCAGUGCUUUGUGCAGUGAUCAAGAUCACAUGCUGUUGUAUGACAUAGCACCUGAGAUCUUCUACUCAGACACCGUGGAUGUUAGAGUGCUUCGAAGGUGUAGCGACUCUCAGGCCCGAUGGCUGGAUUUGCUAGAGCAGGGCGAUGAAAUUGCCAGGGCCGGGCUGUUCUCAGGUGUCGCCCGAGACCUGCAGGAACUUAGCGACUACAGGCGGAUGGAGCGUUUUCGAAAUGUGCUCCAAGAGCACAUGAUGAAUGAUGCCCACAGAUAUGCCUUCCAUCGCUUGCGAGUGCACCUCCUUCAUGAGCGUUGUCCAUUUGGACCUGGUGUUUGGUGUAGCGAAGUGUGCCAGUGGCUGGCAGAGGAUGAAAAUUUUCUUGAGAUGGCGCUGGAGGUUAACACUCCAGCAGCUGAAGUGCAGACACCCAUUCUGCUGUAUGGAGCCAGGGAGCAGAUCCAAUCCAAGCCAGCGCUUGCAAAGCAGUUGGCAAGCAAUGCGCGGGUGGAUCCAUUGGUCCUGGCGGAUGUGGCCCCACAGGUUCUUCAAGACCGCGAGUUUCUCCUUAUCUCUGCUAGAAGGUGUGGUGCUAUUCUGCCCCUCGCACCUGCAGAAAUGCAGCAGGAUUUGGAGCUGGUGCUGACCUGCGUGGCCCAAACUGGGGGUGCGUUGAGGUUUGUACUGCCAGAGCUCAAAGACAACAAGGAGAUAGUCCUACGGGCAGUUCAGACCAGUGGCCUAGCUUUGGAGCACGCCUCUCCAAAAUUACGAGAUGAUGAAGAGGUGGUGCUCAAAGCGGUCCAGGGCUCCGGCCUGGCCUUGGAGUUUGCUUCAAACAGGUUGCGAGCUCAGCGUGGCAUCGUUUUGAUGGCGGUGAGCCAAGAUGGAUGCGCAAUACAGUUUGCGGCCACUGAGCUGAGAGACGACCAGGAGGUGGUGAAGUCUGCUGUACAGGUCUCAGGACAAGCCUUGAAGCACGUUUCUUCGCGGUUGCAAAAUGUGCAAGAGGUGGUCAUCCUGGCUGCCAAAAGGCACCCUCAGGCCCUUCAGCAUGCAUCGCCAGAAUUGCGAUGUGACCGCUCCACAGUUAUGGAUGCAGUAUCAGCCUCCUUCAAGGCCUUUGAGUUUGCCGGUCACGACCUUCGGGCAGACUCUCAAGUCAUCCGCCUCGCAGCAAGGCAGCUCUUAGCAACUCAUGGCUUGCAGGCGGCGGACGAAGAGCUCCCGAAGGUGAUCGAGUCCAAUGUGUUGCUAGUCUCGAAAGAGGCUGGACAGCACCUCCUAGCUGCGCUGCAAACAGGGCUGCUCACCACCCGGGCCUUCGGUCUGGCUGUGGUGAAGCAUGAUCCACAGUUGUACCGAAGACUGGAGGAGCAUGUAAAAGCAGACGCGGAGGUUUCCCUUGAAGCAGUGAGACGCCUCCCAGAGCUGUUCCUGGACAUGCCUUUCCAAGCCCGCAAUCAGCUUCCUAUUCAAAUAGCAGCUGUUGCACAGAGACCAGAAAUGAUCAGCUUUGUCUUGCCCACGGAUGUAAAGCGAGUCCUGGCAGCUGUAGAGAAGGAGAAGGCUGAGAAGGUUCUCCAGCCAGCAGCUUUGGUACUUGAGAGCUCUUGAGGAUGUAAUCUUGUCUGGGGGACCCGGACAGGCGGAGCAGCCAAAAUCGAACAAGAAGGAUUCGCUCCAAUGGUUGCAUUCAAGGAACCAGCAAAUCUUGUAGCGUGCCAAUUGUGACUUUCGACAAGUAUAGGCCAUGAAUUCAUGUGCUCUUUAGGGGUCUUAUCAGUUCGAUUGGCCUUUCGGAAGGCCCGGCUACUCCAAGGUUUCGGGGUAUUCUGCUGUAGUAACUUUGCUCGCUUCUUGCGACUUGCCGGGUUGGGCAUUUUCUCGAAAGCUGCACUCCAGC